AUGGAUAAGCAAUCUUGUCAUUUCGAAGGUCACCUGAAUUCUCCAAUAGUUGACGAUGAAGUCAGAUUCAUUUUAGGCUACGAUAAGUUCUAUUGUCACAGACAUGAAAAGCUUAAAAGCCUUUUUACCACAAAGUUCAAGGGGAUCCGACCUUACUCUGAAUAUUCAGGGUGUUAUUGGUCCCUUGCUGAAGAAAUAGUCUCUAAUUGUAAAUUCCGGGUACCUCAACGUGACUUGGAGUUCUCUCUCAGAGUAUUAGCUGAGGCAGCAGUAUGGAACACUCGAAUUCAUCACGAAGGUUACUAUGGGAUUAAAAUGAGUCUGGAACAUGAGCUGGAGAAUUACAUUACUAUCUUGCAUGACAGCAAAAUUCAAGAUCUUUACAAGAUUAAGACAAAAGUCGAACACAUCAAAAGUCAAAUCACAAACAUAGAACAGACACUCGGGGAGUUCCAUGUUGUUUCCGAUGACCUCCUGAUCGAAAAAGAACUAGCUAUUAUCAAGACCAAAGGAGAUUUUUUCCUAUUCCCGACAACACUAAUAAUGUGUGUCCUUGACAAUCUCCAAACUAGAUUUUAUAUUAGACUUCACGUUAUGAUAAAAGAAAGAAGUGACAAAAUACAAAAUUUAACUUUCCACUAUGACCUCCUUCAUUCAUCAUUAAUAAGACUUAGAGGAAAAUAUAAAAAUAGAUUUUUCGAAUUGAUGAAGAAUUGGGAUGCUUAUUGCAUCGGAGUUGCCGUAUCUGAUGAGAUCGAAGAUUUGGGAUUCAAGACCCUUAAGAGUUCAAUAGAAGAAAAUCUGUUUGAGGAAUUUGACAAAAGUAAUAUUCGAGAACUUCUAGAGACAAUUUCAUGUUAUGGAAUAACUCAUAGUAGAGACAUUGCAGUUCCUAUUUCCCUGUACUUCUCAAAUCUCAGUAAGAAUUAUGGGCACCCAAUUCUCCACCCGACAGAAGGGAUUGAGAAAUUAAGGCUCAACUCAAAGAAAGUUAUUGAGGUCGACGAUCAAAUAGCCAAAAAAGCAUUGUGGAUGUUCAGAAAGACGUACUUUAUUAAUUAUUUUAGAAAGAAAGGACACUACCCGAACCAUUCAAAGACUGGGGAAAUUCAUCCCACCCUUGAAGAGUGUCUCAAGGAUGAGAGGGCCCUAACUAAUAGCGAAUCUAAAAUUCUUCCUCUAUCUGCUUGGAAUAAUGUGGUCUUAAGAAAAAAUCAUGAUAUGAGCCUUGAGAUUGACGAAAAAGAAUUGCUUAAAGAUACGGCUUGUUCACCACCAAGAGAAGAAUGGUUCAGGCCAUACGACCAGUGCGCAUUUAUGAAUCUCUACGGCCAAAGAAAGCCGAAGAGCUGGACUCAUUUCGAACCACGAGUUUUGGCAAGAUACCUCAAAGGAGAGGAGGGGGAGUUGUCAAAGAAGAUUUUGGAACAAGAAAACCUUUAUUAUAAUCACCUGAGAGAUGAUAUCGUACAACUUUGCAGAAAAGAGAGAGAGUUGAACAUCAAGGGACGAGUCUUCUGCAAACAAACAUACGAAAUGCGUCUCAUGCAGGUAUGUAUGGAGAAAUCUUUAAGUGAAAAUGUACUACCCUAUAUCAGAGAGCAGUCAAUGAACAAACAAAUAUGGGAGAAGUGGUCUCUAGAUUAUCUACAACAACUGCAAUCAAGGUCAAAAUGGCGCUCUCCUAGUAAGAACAUUGAAGUGGGGGACGUCGUGGUAGUACGCGAAGACCAUAUUCCACCUGGAAAAUGGACUCUGGGAAGAGUCACAGAAGUUCACCCCGGAAGAGAUGGUUACGUUCGCAUCGUCUCGCUUAAAACAAAAAAUGGAGUCAUAAAAAGGCCAGUUAUUAAGUUGGCCCUCCUUCCGGUCAGUGAAAAUAAUCAACAGGUACAAUCCGUGUCGGAUAGUAACGCUCCAAAACAAGGUGUCCCAAGAGGGGAGGAAACCAAGAACUCAUAA